UGAAAGUAAAAUAAUUUAUAUGAUGGAUAUUUCAUUUGGGAAUAUUUACAAAAGACAUGGAAAGUGAGAAGAAGAGAUGAAGAGUAUGGAGUACGAAGGGCUACUGGACUCCCUUAUUGACGAGCAACGCCGCGAGUUCAUGGCGGCCAUAACCCUAGAAUCCGACCUCCGAUUCGCCUUCAACCUCCAAAUGCAAGAAGCCAUCACAGCCUCACUCUCCGAAACCUCCGAACCUUCCACCUCCACUUCUCCCCCUCCGCCGCCGCAUUUCGACGGAGACGGCUGCGAAGGCUUCGACUACACGACCCUCCUCUUGGAGGAUCUCGCCCGUUUCGACCAGGAGCGCCGCGAUCAGUUGCAAAGCGAAACCCUAAUUCGGUCGAUGAAACAAGACCUCGACCGCCGAGCACACGAUCACAAGUUCGCUCGCGAGAUUAUGAGUAUCCCGGAGGACCAGUGGGCGGAAACCGGAGACGACAUUCAUAGGCCUUACGGAGAUGGAGUGGGUAACCAGACUGAGAUUGUCAGAAUGUAUUGUAAGGGUAUUGUGAGCGAAGAGAUGAUUAAGGACAUGAGGGUGGCUGUGGCGUCCAUUGGUGUGGCAAUUUGUGAUUUUCAGGAUAAUAUCUUGUUUGAGAUGAAGAGAGGUCUGGAAAAUGGUGGGAUGCUCACUAAUGAGGGAGCAGAGCUUGAGGCUCUGGUGGCCGGUCUGGAAGCGGCUGUGGCUUUGAAUUUGGAAAGGGUGAACUUUUUUUGUGAUAACUAUAUGGUAUAUCAACACGUCUCAGGCAGGUCGCAAGCAAAUCAGAGCAAGAUUGCAACCUUGGUCAAUAAGGUGAUUGAUUUCAAAAAAAGGUUCAGCUUUUGCGAACCAUCAUAUGUGGGUCGGAAUGAAAUCAAGUUCGCCUUCAAACUUGCAAGAGAGGCCAUUAUUUCACAAGUUGCAUGGUCUGUAGAAACCAAGGCCGGGAAGAGUUUGAAGGAGACUUGUGCCAUCUGUUUUGAAGACAUUAAUGUCACUAAGAUGUUUUUGAUUGAUGGCUGUCUGCAUAGGUUCUGCUUCUCGUGUAUGAAACAGCACGUGGAAGCAAAGUUACUUGUUGGAAAGAUGGCUGAGUGUCCUCAUGAUGGCUGUAAGACAAAUAUCGAGGUUGAUAACUGUGCAAAUUUUCUAGAUCCUCGUUUAGUUGAGAUUAUCAGCAAUCGCAUGAAGGAGGCGUCUAUAGCUGUUACUGACAAAGUUUAUUGCCCCUAUCCCAGAUGUUCUGCAUUAAUGUCGAAAGUUAAGGUUUUAGAAUAUACCAAAAAUGAAUUUUUUGGUGCUGAAACAUCUGGAGCCAGGAAAUGCAUGAAAUGCAACAAGUAUUUCUGUCUCAAUUGCCAGGUCCCAUGGCACUAUGAUAUGACUUGCCUUGUUUACAAAAGGACCCCAAGACCUCAAUCCGACGAGUCAGCGGUCAAGGCUCUUGCCAAUAAGAGAAAGUGGCGCCAAUGUGUGAAGUGCAACCACAUGGUUGAACUUUCUUCUGGUUGUUACCACAUCUCUUGCAGAUGUGGAUAUGAAUUCUGUUAUACUUGUGGAGCUGAAUGGAAGAACAAGAGAGCAACGUGCAAUUGUGCGCUAUGGGAUGAACGGAACCUCAUUCGGCCGAGGUAGAGAAGACGGGCUAAGAAAUUACCAGGUUGCUUUAUGCUCACUAGGAUUUUUGACAUUAUUGUUGUGCCACUUUUCUUAGGUUUUGUAAUCAGUACCAUGUAUUCUCAUCAACUCUUAUGAUGGCCGUUCUUACAAAAUGAAUGAUCACGAGAUCUCUGAAAACCAUAUCUCUGUGUGAGUUCAUUGCAUAUCUAGUUGUCUAUAAAUCAGAAACAUCAUGAAAAAUAAAUAUGGAAAUAGUUU